AUGCGUCAACUGCUUCUUCUGGUGACUGGAACCUUUGACCACGCAGUCUGUUUUUAAUUUUCGGGAAAGUAGAGAAAUCGCUAGGACUUAUGUCGGGACUAUAUGGAGGAUGGUCCAAUAAUUCCACGUUUUCUUCCGUUAAAUACUGCCUUGUUCUUUGGGCUGUGUGCGAGCUUGCAUUGUCUUGGUGGAGGAUGAUUCUUCUUUCGGGGUUGAUUUUUCGAAGCUCGGUGAUGACUUUUGGCAAACAAAUGGUGGUAUACCAAUCCGAACUAACAGUUCUUUGCUCUUUAAGAGGAAUUGUAGCAAUAUGACCCGCUUUUGACACAACUUGGCUGCUUUCUGCUCUUCAGUCAACAGGAACUAAUUUUCUUACUCCUG